GCUGAUCAACUGACAGAAGAGCAGAUUGCAGAAUUCAAAGAAGCUUUUUCACUAUUUGACAAGGAUGGUGAUGGUACUAUAACUACAAAGGAGUUGGGGACAGUGAUGAGAUCGCUUGGUCAAAACCCCACAGAAGCAGAGCUACAGGAUAUGAUCAAUGAAGUAGAUGCUGAUGGUAAUGGCACAAUUGACUUUCCAGAGUUUCUGACAAUGAUGGCAAGAAAAAUGAAAGAUACAGAUAGCGAAGAAGAAAUUAGAGAAGCGUUCCGUGUGUUUGACAAGGAUGGUAACGGUUACAUUAGUGCUGCAGAACUCCGUCAUGUGAUGACAAAUCUUGGUGAGAAGCUAACAGAUGAAGAAGUUGAUGAAAUGAUUAGGGAAGCAGACAUUGAUGGUGAUGGUCAAGUAAACUAUGAAGAGUUUGUACAAAUGAUGACAGCGAAGUGAAGACGUUGUACAGAAUGUGUUAAAUUUCUUGUACAAAAUUGUUUAUUUGCCUUUUCUCUGUUUGUAACUUAUCUGUAAAAGGUUUUUCCCUUACUGUCAAAAGAAUAUGCAUGUAUAGUAAUUAGAAGGCCAUUCCUCCAUGUUUUUCUCCUUUAUCUUACUGUCAUUGUUCUGAUCUUUGGAAAAUUGAUCUAAGUAACAAAUGUUGCAUGUGGCUUACUCUGGAUAUUUAAGCCCUUCUGCACAUCUAAAGUUAGAUGGAGUUGGUUAACUGAGGGAACAUCUGGGUUGUCUGUUUAAAAAAAAAAAGUAGCUUUCUUAGAAGACUUAGGUAUGACUAGUGUAACAAAUUACAUAAAGUAAGCUAGGGUUUACUGUGCAUUAGCAAUUCCUUAGUUAAAGCGACAUGUUGGCUCUAGUUCUCCAGUAUAUAAAGGAGUUUAUUCCGCUUUCUGUGAUGGAGGAUAAGGACUCAUGCAGCUAACUGCAGGAUAAGACCAUGUCAAUAGUAUAUAUAUGUGU